UAGCGGCACUGCGAGUGGUGCGAAGCGAGAGCGGCUACCGUUGUGCAUGGUUGCUGCGAGCAGAUGGAUAGCGGCGGCAGCAACUGGCUAGGCUUCUCGCUCUCCCCGCACAUGCCCAUGAAGGUGCCGUCCUCUUCUGGGCCGGCGACUGCUCAUCAUCAUCCUCCACCUGAUGCUGCCGAUGCCAUGUCGUCGUCUCCUCCCAACAGCGCCACGACGACCUGCAACUUCCUCUUCUCCCCUCCUGCGCAGAUGGUCGCUGCUUCCCCUGGCUACUACUACGUCGGUGGCGCCUAUGGAGAUGGAACCAGCACUGCCGGCGUCUACUACUCGCACCUCCCUGUCAUGCCUAUCAAGUCCGAUGGCUCCCUCUGCAUCGUGGAAGGCAUGAUGCCGUCGGCAUCCCCGAAGCUAGAGGACUUCUUGGGGUGUGGCAAUGGCACUGCGCAUGAUCCGGCCACUUACUACAGCCACCAGCAGGGCCAAGAAGAGGACGCAAGCAGGGCGGCCUACCAGCACCAUCAGCUUGUCCCCUACAACAUCCAGCCAUUGACGGAAGCAGAGAUGCUGCAGGAGGCCGCGGCGCCAAUGGAGGACGCGAUGGCGGCGGCCAAGAACUUCCUCGUCACCAGCUACGGCGCUUGCUACGGCGGCAGCCAGGAGAUGCAGCCGCUGAGCCUCUCCAUGAGCCCAGGGUCCCAGUCCAGCAGCUGCAUCAGUGCAGCCCCGCCGCAGCAUCAGAUGGCGGUGGUCGCUGCAGCUUCCCCCGUGGCUGCUGCUGCUGGUGGCCAGGGAAGCAACAGUAAUGACGGUGGCGAGCUGCGUGUCGGGAAGAAGAGGGGCACCGGGAAGGGGGGCCAAAAGCAGCCCGUGCACCGCAAGUCCAUUGACACGUUUGGGCAGAGGACCUCGCAGUAUAGGGGCGUCACCAGCAGGCACAGGUGGACUGGAAGAUAUGAAGCCCACCUGUGGGACAACAGUUGCAGAAAGGAUGGGCAGACAAGGAAGGGAAGACAAGUAUACCUAGGUGGUUAUGACACUGAAGAUAAAGCUGCAAGAGCUUAUGAUCUGGCUGCGCUGAAAUAUUGGGGGCUAUCGACGCAUAUAAAUUUCCCGCUAGAGAACUACCGAGAUGAGAUUGAGGAGAUGGAAAGGAUGACAAGGCAAGAAUAUGUUGCACACUUGAGAAGGAGAAGCAGCGGGUUCUCUCGCGGUGCGUCCAUCUACCGGGGAGUAACAAGGCAUCACCAGCAUGGAAGAUGGCAAGCUCGGAUUGGCAGAGUUGCUGGCAACAAGGACUUGUAUCUCGGCACUUUCAGCACUCAAGAGGAAGCAGCAGAGGCGUACGACGUGGCUGCCAUCAAGUUCCGUGGCCUCAACGCGGUGACGAACUUCGACAUAACAAGGUACGACGUCGACAAGAUCAUGGAGAGCAGCUCGCUGCUGCCUGGUGAGGCGGCACGCAAGGUCAAGGCGAUCGAGGCAGCGACGGACCAUGUUCCCGUGACCCAACCUUCCAUAGGCCGUGAGCUGUGCGCAACGACGGAGGAAGCAAGCGCCGCCGCCACCGCGGGCACCGACUGGAGAAUGGUGCUCCAUGGAUCACAGCAGCAAGCCGAAGCCUGCGCCGAAGCACCGACGACAGAUCUUCAGAAGGGCUUCAUGAGCGACGCUCACUCGGCUCUUCACGGCAUCGUCGGGUUCGAUGUCGAGUCGGCAGCUCAUGAGAUAGAUGUCUCGGGAGGGAAGAUCAGCGGCAUCAACUUCUCGAACUCGUCGUCGCUGGUGACCAGCCUGAGCAACUCGAGGGAGGGGAGCCCCGAGAGGCUUGGCCUCGCCAUGCUCUACUCCAAGCAUCCCAGCGCCGUCAGCCUCGCCACCAUGAGCCCGUGGAUGCCAAUGCCGGCGCCGGCGGCAGCGCACGGGAUGAGGCCGCCGGGCGCCAUUGCUCAUCUGCCUGUUUUUGCUGCCUGGACAGAUGCUUAACCGUGUUGCUGCUCCCUAAUCUUGCUUUUGAUUGGCCCUUUUUUGUAAACUAAAGCAAGAUCAGCAGCAACCAGGUUUUUAUGGUACUUAAAUUAGCUGGAAGGUUGAAUAGCAAACUUGGUUAUGUUGUUUAGCGGGUGGUCUGUGUAACCAUAGGUAGGGAAUUCAGGCAAAUCUGUAGCGUAUCCACUGGUAGUAGUAGACGUGUAGUGGUAGACUGGUGGUGUUCUUUGCUUCUUUUGAACCCCUUUUUGGGAAAUUUGGUAUGUAUGGCUUUUAACACGAAAUCAGGCUGUGGCAUGAAAAGGAAAAGGUUCAGUAUUGAGUUGAGAUGG